AUGGAUGAAACCAAUAAUAAACAUAGACGAGAUAACUCAAGUUCUUCAACUACUACUGCUCAAGAAUAUCUUUGGCGGGAUUAUAGAAUUGAUAAAAAUCAUUCAGAAAAGCCAGUAAAUACAGAUGGUGAUAUUAGAACA